AUCAUCAGAGGUACUGGAUGUUUUACACUAGAAGCAAGGGAGAGGGCAAAUCUUGCCCUGCUCAUGAACAAAUUGCUUCUAUAAAUGAGUUCUAGCAACUGCCUUCAAGAAAAUUUCGAAGAAGAAGCAGAAGAACAUCAUUUAUUCUAAGUCUUAAAAUGCUGAAGAAUCAGGGGACCAACCGCAGGCCCAUGUUCAGGAAAAUCUUUUUUCAAGAACAGCCUGAUGAUGAAUAGAUUCAAGAGCAAGGAACUCCAUCUUUCUCAUCAUUAUCCAAUUCUGAUGACCAGAUGCACAAAUUCCUUGAGCUGUAUAAUGAGUGGAGACUAUGCAAAGUCAGCAACUUAGAAGAUCAACUGCAGUAUUGGUCUCAAGUGAAAAAUGAGAAGGUCAUUAAGAAAUGCAUGGGAAUGCCAUUGAACAGCUCUUGUGAACUGCUUCUUGAUGAAGACUGGAUGAUCAAAAUAACCAAUCACAUGUUCCUGGAACUCGUGUCAUCCUCCCCCUUCCCUGAGGAUGAUGAUGUUGAUGCUCCAAACACAGAGGAACCAGCAGCUUUUGGGAAUGAAGCCCAAACUUCAGCUAAGGAAUCUUCUACACCAGAUGAUAUUCAAAUAGAUGCACCGGAAGACAUUCAAGGAGAAAUAGCAGAGAAUAUUCAAGAAGAAGCUGGAGACUCUCCAAUUUUUCAAGAAGAAGCUGAUGAAUCUCAAGCAGCAUAAGAGAUUCAAGAAAAACCUGAGGAGUCUUCUGCAGCAGCAGAAACUGAAGGAGUCAACCAAUUUCUUCAAGGAAAACAAAUUGCCACCACUACGUAUGAGAUCACCAACCUAGGAAUUGAGGUUGAAACUCAAGAAGAUGUUGCUAACAUUCCAGAAACAACCUCUCAUGGGAGUGCAGAUCACUUUCUUGAGGACACAAAUCAAGAGCACAUUGCAGCAACUUCAGAGCAUACACAAGAAGAUGCAGUUGAUCACUUCCCAGAGGUAGAAACUUAGAGAAGAUCCACUGAACUGGAAGCUGAUGAACUUCAAAAUCCAACCCAAUUGGAAUAUGUUGAGGAAGCCAACUAGUAUAUCCUUGCUGAAGCUCCUGUCAAUGCCACAAAUGAGAUAAAUCACACAAAUCAACCACGAUAACAAUUAUGAACGAAAUUUCAAACCUAGAUGCAUAUUCUAGUUUUAGAUGUCCACGUAUUCAAUUGGAUUCGUUCGAGUCAAUUCAAAUGGGAGAGACGCCUGGUACCGUCGUCGGAAUCAAUCGUCGGGCUGCCACAGCACCAUCGCCACCGCUGUCCGAACCUAUUCACUGUCCGAACCCAGCCCUCUGCCCCGAUUUAUUACUGCCCGGAC